AUGGAUCCUAACGGUCUUAGUGAAUUGUGCACUGGGGUUUCUGUAUCAAAUUCUUUAAAGAACAAGAUGCCUUCUGAAGCUACACAGCAAACCACUAACGAGGGAUAUGAAGAGAGCCAUCGUCUCUUAAAUACUAUCGAUGUUCCUUUUAAAGAUACCAAUGCAUGUAAUGACGACGAUAUGUUUCCAUUCCCUGAAAAUACAGAGGCUCUAUUGGAUUCUUUAGAGUCUUCUAUGAACCUGACGGACGCGGUACAGACAGCAACGAAUACAUUGGCUUCUUCUACAUUGUCUGUUACUCCAGCCCUCCAAAACUCUAUGAAUGUAUUCGCCAUGUUGUGGGAGGGAGGAGUGAAACCAAAUUACUUAUCAUUUAAAGAGGAUGAUAUCUUUACUACUGGAGAUAUGCCCACUAAGGUAUCACCAACUUCUCUUUUACCUCGUUCUGUUGCUGCAGUAGCUGCCGCUGCCGCUGCUGUUGCCCCUGAGAAACUUUCAAAUUCGGAUGGUAAUAGAGAUGACAGUGGUUUUCCUCCCGCAUUAUCAGGGAGUGGAACAUCCAUCAACGUAUCUCCUGAGGAGGAUGCUGCCUUUUUAAAUAGAAUGCACGUGCAGCCCUACACAGAGGAUGUUGAUUUCUGGGGAUUGCAAACAGAGGAGAUAAAUACCACCACACGCAAUAAUAUGGAUGAUAAGGCGAAUACAAAACCAACCAAUACAUUACCCAAUACAGAUUCCGUAUCUUUAGAUUCUGUUGAUUGUGGUAUAGAAGAAAAUGAAGAUAAUGCGGCUCCGGAAGAGUGUCUCUCUGUGGUGGAUCCACAACGCACAAAACUUCAAGUGCCAUUACGUUCCAUUGAACCCACCAAAGCCCUUGAAGGAGUAGUGCGACACCCAAGUUUAUGUCUUCUUUUUCAAUCAGGUCGUUGUCGACAAGGUGCAAAUUGUUAUCAAGUACAUGUUGAUCCAGCAAUAGUAAAGCGACUACGCAAAUAUGUUGAGAGUCUUCCCUGUUGUUGUACAUUUCAUGGUGAUUGCAAUACCAAAUUAUGGGAUGCUCAAGCACACGCCAAUCAAAGUAUGUCUUUAAAUGGAGUGAUCGUCCCACUCAACCGUGUGGCUUAUACAAGUGGACUCAAUCGAUUCCUUACAAAUGACUCACAGAAACCGUUGAGUACACAUAUUCUCUGUCGUUUGCAUGGAAAACCAGGUGGAUGUCGUUAUGGGGCGGAUUGCUGGUAUGUACAUGUCUGUCGGGAGAUCAUGGCAAAGGAAUUCUCCUACAUUGCGGAAUCCACCGUCACACCCUCAUGGAAUGGAAAUCAUAAUCAACUCUCACUACACACCGAUCGUAGAGGAAGAGCAAUGAGUGCUGAAUUUACCAUAAAUGCCGCACAACAACAACAUCCAAUGACAUUAAGUUCGGCUUCUGCAACUCCAUUUCAUCCCUCAGCAGAAGCGAUGAAUUUCUUUGCGGAAAAGUACAGAAAUAUAAAUAUGGGCCCUCAAGAAAAUACAUUUCAGCAUUCCAUUUCACCUCUCUGGAUUGUUUCCGACCCUAUUUCGAAAAAAACAGUAGAAGUCAUACCAGGGACCAAUACCUUUAGAAAUACAGGAUUGCAAAAUAAAACAAACAACACUAAUAAUAAUAAUAAUAAUAAUAAUAAUAAUAAUAAUAAUAAUAAUAAUAAUAAUAAUAAUAAUGCUAAUAACUCACUCCGUGGAGAUAUGCAUGCGGGCGGUGUGGCUCAAACUGUUCUUCCACAUUCUCGCAUGUCCGCACUCGAUCACGCUGUGCCGAUCACUGUGGGAUCCUCCACUCCAGGAGGCGUGGCAUUCGCAACUCCCAUGUUGACAGGCAAUCCACUCACAUCUUCUCUCCCGGUGGUUCAGGCCUGUUAUCUCAUCAAUCAAACCCCAAAUGGAAUGGCAACCCUCGUCAGUGCAGAGGCCUCAAGAGCGGCACCAUAUACAACCACCACCACCACCACAGCGAUAUGGCCCUCCCAACAACAACAACAACAACAACAGACAUGGAAUCUACCGCAGUAUUGGGAUCCAGCCGUGCAAGUGGCAUUGGUGGCCUCACGGAGAGGAUGUGCAGGAAAGAGUAAUAAACGAAAAUCUUGUCCUAAGCAAUCGGAAUUCAAUACAGCUGUGGUCUCUUUUUCUGCGGCCUCAAAGUCUUCCUAA